AUGACUCAAAAUCACCUGCCAGGUAUGGAGUCGUCCGCCAUCUCGGUACUCAAGCGGGCGGUGGAGUUGGACCAGAGUGGCCGCUUCAUAGAGUCUCUGGUCUGCUACCAAGAGGGAAUCCAGCUGCUCAUAGACAUUUUAAAAGCAAUGAACGAUGAAUCGAAGAGAGGACACUACAGGGAAAAAAUAAAGGGUUAUAUGGACAGAGCAGAGCAAAUUAAAGCUCAUGUUAACAAGGCGAAAGAAGAUGCAAAGUACCACGAGCAAGUAAAGAUUGCGGAGGACGCGACAGGUUACAGCUACGAGGUCGUCUUCAAGCCGUAUAUCAGUGAUGCUCUUAAAGAAGUCUGGGUGGAAGACCCCUACAUACGACACACUCACCAGCUGUACAAUUUCCUGCGGUUCUGCGAGAUGCUGCUCAAAGCGCCUUGUAAAGUGAAGACUAUUCAUCUCCUCACGUCAUCAGAAGAAUCUGAUGGCGGCCAGCAGAAAAGCGCACUGGCCGAGCUGAAGCAGAGCCUCAGUGCUCAAGGCAUCAAUCUGGACAUUCAGUACUCAUCCACCAUCCACGACAGGGAGAUCAGGUUUGAUAACGGCUGGAUUAUCAAGAUUGGAAGAGGGCUGGAUUACUUCAAGAGACCCAAAGGACGCUUCUCAAUUGGAUAUUGUGACUAUGACCUCAGGGAGUGCCACGAGACCACUGUAGACAUUUUCCACACGGAACACACCAAAACCCUAUGA